AUGUCAAAUCUUACCACUCCUACUGAAUUCUUACUCCUGGAGUUUUCUCAAGUCUAUAAACUACAGAUCUUAUACUGUCUUCUUUUUCUAGCAAUGUACAUAGUCUCCCUUGCAGGCAAUCUUUUAAUUGUUGUUGUAAUCAUCAUGAACCAUCGUUUGCACUCCCCAAUGUACUUCUUCUUAAUGAACUUGGCUCUUAUGGAUAUAGGUUCCAUUUCAGUCAUUGUGCCCAAAUCUAUGGUCAAUUCCCUCAUGAAUAGCAGGCUCAUUUCUUAUUCUGAAUGCAUCGCCCAAGUUUUUUUCUUACUGUUUUUUGAAGCCUCUGAAUACUUCCUUUUAACCGUAAUGGCCCAUGAUCGUCAUGUUGCGAUUUGUAAUCCUCUACAAUAUGAAACAAUCAUGAAUAAAGAAGCCUGUAUUCAGAUGGUCGCCAUGGUGUGGAUUGUUAGUCUUCUUUAUGCAGUAUUGCACACAAGUGGCACAUUUUCAAUAAGGUUCUGUUCCAAUAAAGUUGACCAGUUUUUCUGUGAAAUCCCCAAAUUGCUUAAGCUCUCUUGCUCUGACUUAUAUCUAGUUGAAGUUGGACUUAUUGCCUUUUGUGGUACCAUAAUAUUUGGAUGUUUUAUCUUUGUUGUUGCAACAUAUGUGUGGAUUUUCACUGCUGUGCUCAAAAUUCCUUCUGUACAUGGAAAGAAAAAGGCCAUCCACACUUGUCUCCCUCACCUUGGUGUUUUCUCUUUGAUGUUGUUAACUGGAUUAUUUGUUUAUGUAAGACCACCCAGUAAUACUUCAUCUGACCUGGAAUUAACCUUUGUGGUGAUAUAUGCAGUGCUUCCUCCUACCCUGAAUCCAUUUAUUUACAGCAUGAGAAAUAAAGAGUUUAAAAAUGCCUUGUGGAAUUUAUUCAACUUUUGGUAG